GGGACCACUGCAUCCCACCUCAGCCUCAGCACCAGCAUCCUCGCUCUCUCUCUCUCUCUCUCUCUCUCUCUCUCUCUUUUUCCCUCUCUCCCCCUCUCUCUCUCGGUGGGGCUGUUCUUCAGCCGGGCAACCAACCAUUUCACUGUGGACAUUACUCCCUCUAACAGAUAUGGGAGACAUGGGAGAUCCACCAAAAAAAAAACGUCUGAUUUCCCUAUGUGUCGGUUGCGGCAAUCAAAUUCACGACCAGUAUAUUCUGAGGGUCUCUCCGGAUUUGGAAUGGCACGCGGCAUGUUUGAAAUGCGCGGAGUGCAAUCAGUAUUUGGAUGAGAGCUGCACGUGCUUUGUGAGGGACGGGAAAACCUACUGUAAGCGAGAUUACAUCAGACUGUACGGGAUCAAGUGCGCCAAGUGUAGCAUUGGUUUCAGCAAGAACGACUUCGUGAUGCGCGCGCGCUCCAAGGUGUACCACAUCGAGUGCUUCCGCUGCGUGGCCUGCAGCCGCCAGCUCAUCCCCGGGGACGAGUUCGCUCUUCGGGAGGACGGGCUCUUCUGUCGCGCUGACCACGACGUGGUGGAGAGGGCCAGCCUGGGCACGGGGGACCCGCUCAGCCCUUUACAUCCAGCCAGGCCUCUGCAAAUGGCAGCCGAACCCAUCUCCGCGAGGCAGCCUGCCCUGCGGCCCCACGUGCACAAGCAGCCCGAGAAGACCACGCGUGUACGGACUGUGCUCAACGAGAAGCAGCUGCACACCCUGAGGACCUGCUACGCCGCCAACCCCCGACCCGACGCGCUCAUGAAGGAGCAGCUGGUGGAGAUGACGGGCCUGAGCCCGCGCGUGAUCCGGGUCUGGUUUCAGAACAAGCGCUGCAAGGACAAGAAGAGGAGCAUCAUGAUGAAACAGCUCCAGCAACAGCAGCCCAACGACAAAACUAAUAUCCAGGGGAUGACAGGAACUCCGAUGGUGGCUGCCAGUCCAGAGAGGCAUGACGGUGGUUUACAGGCUAACCCAGUGGAAGUGCAAAGUUACCAGCCGCCUUGGAAAGUACUGAGUGACUUCGCCUUGCAGAGUGACAUAGAUCAGCCUGCUUUUCAGCAACUGGUCAAUUUUUCAGAAGGAGGACCGGGCUCAAACUCCACGGGCAGCGAAGUUGCAUCCAUGUCCUCUCAGCUCCCAGACACUCCUAACAGCAUGGUGGCCAGUCCUAUCGAGGCAUGAGGAACAUUCAUUCAGAUGUAUGUUUUUGUUUUUUCCCCUGUUGGAGAAUGCGGGAAAUUAUGUUGAACUCUUGGAAGCAAAAGUAUUUAACGACCCAGUCAAUGGAAACUGUAUCAAGAAAUGAACGAAGUCUGUUUUAAUGACAAGGUGAUAUGGUAGCAACACUGUGAAGACAAUCAUGGAAUUUUACUAGAAUUCAAAACAAACAGACAAACCCAAAACCCCAACAUAUGCUAUUCAACGACCUUAGGAGUACUGAGAAAAAAAAAAAAAAAGACGUUUUUAAAAC